GCGCAACAGCCAAGGGUAUUUAAACAGAGGAUGAAUAAAAUCAGUCUGUCCGGUACAGCUUUAUAUGUGAUUCUUCAUGUAUAGUCAGAAUAAUAAGGUUGAUUUGUUGAGGCGUGUAUUAAUCUAACGCGUCCAAACCGGUCAGGGUGUUUCACAAGGUUGUCGGAAGAUGCUUUUGUUGUUGUAUCUCUGAUGUGUUCAUGUGCAGCCCAGGAGCCGGAUCCCAGGUGAUUGUAGCUGUGAUGCCAUGGCAGCUGCCAGUGUGAGCAGACCUGGCAGUGCCCAGACCACUGAAAAGUCUCAACUGAUCUUGAAAGUGGUUUCAGCGAAGCCUCAGUCUCCGAAGCUGCCAAACCGUCACUCUCGGCUCAGCUCCUUCGUGGAGGUGACGGCCGACGGACUGACUAGUGAAACCAAAAAAACAGGCAAACGCAGCGGACACCUAGAACUACAGUGGAAUGAAGACCUCACCCUUAAUGUGACGCCUCAGAGUCAUUUGGAUCUGAAGCUGUGGAGCUGCCACACCCUGAGGAAGGAGCUACUGGGCAGCGCGACAAUAGACCUGUUGGAUACACUGCGCACACAUGACGGCAAGAUGGAGAACGUCCAGCUGAGUCUGGUGCUGCAGACGGAGAACAAAGGCUCGGUUGUAGCGGGAGGCGAGCUCAACGUCUGUCUGGACGGGAUGGUUGUUGAUCUGGGCUCAUUGCCCAGUGGCAGCACGGCAGCAGACAAGAUGCUGCAGGCAGACAGACCCAACCUGAGGAGGACUCAGAGUGAGGACAGUCCCAGUGGAUCUGGAUCCCACAGCAGGAGUAACAGACUCUCAGUGGGGGGGUCUCAGGAUGGAUCCCCGGGGGGCUCCAGAGGUGGGGGGUCUCUGACUAACGGAGAUCUGAAUGAAGAGCAGAUCUCUGGGUCGGCCUCAUCCACUCACCACCGAUCCUCCAAGACUAACAGCAGCCCUGGAGGCAGCACAGAUAAAGUCGAGCUGACAUCCAAUGGCGUGGACAACAGCCGCGGGGGCGUGGUUCGCCACACGCCGCCCCCGUCCUCUCCGUCGGGCAGAUCCCCCGCUGCCGGCAGCAACAGCAGCAGCAGUGGCAGCCCCUCCCCUGGACAGGACGCCCUGAGCACGGUGACCCCGGCCGAACCCGGUCCAAACUCCACCUCCAACAGCGAACAGGCCGGCAGCAAUGCUACAGAGCCCAACACAGACACUCUCCCGGCUGGCUGGGAGCAGAGGGUGUUGCCUCAUGGAAGAGUCUACUAUGUCGACCACAACACUAAAACCACGACCUGGGAGAGACCACUGCCACCGGGCUGGGAGAAGCGUGUGGACCAGCGGGGGCGGUUCUACUACGUGGACCACAACACUAGAACCACCACAUGGCAGAGGCCCACGGCCGAGUCUGUUCGCAACUACCAGCAGUGGCAGAGUCAGCGCAGCCAACUGCAGGGCGCCAUGCACCAGUUCAGCCAACGCUUCCUCUACCAGCCGUCUGGUGCUCCGGUGGAAAAUGACCCUCUGGGCCCGUUGCCUCCUGGUUGGGAGAAGCGUCAAGACAACGGUAGAGUGUACUUCGUCAACCACAACACACGAACUACGCAAUGGGACGACCCCCGAACCCAAGGGAUGAUCAAGGAGCACCCCCUGCCCCCGGGCUGGGAGAUGAAGUACACCGCCGAGGGAGUCCGAUAUUUUGUGGACCACAACUCGCGCACCACCACCUUUAAAGACCCCCGACCUGGGUUUGAGUCAGGGUCGCGGCAGGGCGGUUCACCCGGCGCCUACGAUCGCAGCUUCAGGUGGAAAUACCACCAGUUCCGUUUCCUGUGCCAUUCUAACGCGUUGCCGAGCCAUGUGAAGAUCUCUGUGUCCAGACAGACGCUGUUCGAGGACUCGUUUCAACAGAUCAUGAACGUGAAGCCGUACGACCUUCGCCGUAGACUCUACAUCAUCAUGCGCGGCGAGGAGGGGCUGGACUACGGCGGCAUCGCCAGGGAGUGGUUCUUCCUGUUGUCCCAUGAGGUCCUCAACCCUAUGUACUGUCUGUUCGAAUACGCCGGCAAGAACAACUACUGUCUGCAGAUUAACCCCGCCUCCUCCAUCAACCCCGACCACCUCACCUACUUCCGCUUCAUCGGCCGCUUCAUCGCCAUGGCUUUGUACCAUGGGAAGUUCAUUGACACUGGCUUCACGCUGCCGUUCUACAAGCGAAUGCUGGACAAGAAACCUACAUUAAAAGACUUGGAAUCCAUAGAUCCAGAGUUUUAUAACUCCAUCAUGUGGGUCAAGGAGAACAGUCUGGAGGAAUGUGGCGUGGAACUAUAUUUCGCUCAGGACAUGGAAAUCCUGGGUAAAGUGUCGACUCAUCAGCUGAAGGACGAUGGCGAGAACGAGCUGGUCACCGAGGAAAACAAGGAGGAGUACAUCAGCCUGUUGACGGACUGGAGGUUCACCCGCGGAGUGGAGGAACAGACCAAAGCCUUCCUGGACGGAUUCAACGAGGUGGUUCCUCUGGAGUGGCUGCGAUACUUCGACGAGAAAGAGCUGGAGUUGAUGCUGUGUGGGAUGCAGGAGAUAGACCUGUCCGACUGGCAGAAGAACACUAUCUACAGACACUACACCAAGAACAGCAAACAGAUCCACUGGUUCUGGCAGGUGGUGAAGGACAUGGACAACGAGAAGAGGAUCCGCCUCCUUCAGUUUGUUACAGGAACAUGUCGACUGCCGGUCGGAGGCUUCGCUGAGCUCAUAGGAAGUAAUGGUCCCCAGAAGUUCUGCAUAGACAAGGUGGGGAAGGAGACUUGGCUUCCGCGAAGCCACACAUGCUUCAAUCGCCUGGCUCCCCCCUACAGGAGUCUGGAGCAGCUGCGAGAAAAGCUCCUGUUCGCCAUCGAGGAGACGGAGGGUUUUCGGACAGGAUUGACUGACCCGGACCGACACCGGCCGGGCCCUGAAUCAACACAAUAG